AUGUUUCGAUUUUGUAUACCUGGUCGUCGUGAAAAAUUUCGGAAUAAUUGGAUUCCAGGACUUGCGGAAAUCGGUUCCGGCUAUGAUUACAUUAAUGGGAAGUAUGCUUCAAGCGAAUCAUGCACUGAAAACCUUUUUGAUUGGAGCGAAGAACCUGUGCAAGAAAUCGAACUACAUGGCAAAACUCAUUGCUAUCCAAAAGGAGUAAUUGAGUGCUAUCCUGAACGUGCAGUCAACUAUAAUGUAGUGGCCGGUGAAACCUUGGAAGAAUAUCAGAAAUCACUCUCUGUUACUGUUGCUGUAGAAGGAGGAUUUGCUGGAUUUUCUGCUUCUGUAAAAACGGAGUAUGGGGAUUUUGCGAACUAUAACAAAUUUUACUGCUUCAGCCGAGUCCAAUAUGAAUACAACGCCUACCUUCUUCACUUAACCUCAAAUAUAGUCCAAUUGAGAAAGCUCUUGAAACCCGGGAUUAGAGAUGAAAUUGACGAUCCAAAUUGUCACCCAGCAGUUAUCUUCAAGAAAUACGGAACUCAUUUUGUACACAGUUUGCGCAUGGGAGGUCGUGUUGUUCUUUCAGCGUCAACUAAUAAAUUGAAAUACAAUGCAAAGAAUGAUUUGAGAAGAAUGGCAGAGUUAGCUUUUAGGUCAUUUGUUUCUGGUUCUGGCUCGGAUGAUAAGCAUGAAGAGAUCAAAUCCUUUGCGGAGAAUAGUGAAUUCAAGAUGCAAGCGCGUGGUGGUGAUGUAGAAGCUCUCGGAGAUGACUUCAAAAAUAUGCAUAUUGCGGCAUGGGCUGCCACGGUUUUGGGUGAACCUGUUUUUGUGGCAUUUGAUAAUCCAUACAGUCUAACGUUCAUCGGCGACCUAGCUUGCACCGAAAAGCGUCAAAAUGAAUUUGCAAUGGCCUGGCCGUUUUUUGCACAAAGCCAGAAAAUGAUGUUUCCGUCUUUUGAUCCACCCUAUUUGGAAUACGCUCGAAUUCGCGUUGAAUAUUCAGCUGGAGAUCCUCCAGCGUUUUAUAAACCUAUAUUAUUAGAGGGCAGUAAAUGGAAAUGGUUAGCCCAAACCUUAGAUUAUCGUGGUUUUGGUAUCGUUGUUAGAGAGAAACCUUUCGCAGAAGGUCUUUUGCGUGAAGUAACUCAUGCAAAAAAAUUCGGACAUGAGCACUACGGUCGCGGUGGUAAUAUGUGGUUUUGGAAUCCUUUAACUGACGAUCCCGAUAAUUUCGUCGCACUUGGAGCCUUUGUGUGGACUGUUAACGAAGGUUUUGAUAAAGGCCUUGCCAAAAACAAGGAAUUAGUGGGUGUUCACAAAAGUCUUUGCAUUUCAGGUGAACUUGGUACUCCUGUGGAUAGUUGUUUUUUGAAUAUUGCUUAUAAUAAUGACGCCAUCAAUAUUGGCGCAUUUAUGCCCGACAAUUCUGAUGGUCGUGAUCCGAUAUUUCCUAUUUGGCUCUUGCGAAAAGAUAUGGCAGAGCUAGUUGAAUACGUAAAUUAA